AUGUUGUCCAUGCAGAAUCCCCCCUCGGCGCGUCCAGAAUAUAGAGACUCCGGUCUGGCAGGUCACACGGGGAACCCAUCGGAGAUCCCCCGCGCGGCCGAGAUCGACGGUUCUCUCGCCAGAGCCAGCACCUCCAGUACCAGCACCGGCGCCAGCCCCGAUGACACAUCGACCGACUCGCCCGACGGGAAUGGCGCGCCGUCGGAGAGGUCGCCCGACCUGGAGAUCCAUCUCAAACUCUUCCACCGAUCGCAAGCCGCCGACCCUGCCUCGCUCAUCGGCGACCCCCGCGCCCAGUUGAUGGGCGACGCCAUGCCCGAUGUGCCGCACAAGGUCGAGGAGUUGGAGGACGAGGACCCGGAUCUACAAAGCAUCAAAUAUGUGGGGACCGACAAUGACGCGGGUGCUUCCGUCGCCGUUCCACGGAAACGUGGCCGCCCACGCAAACACCCGCUGCCCGUUCCAGGGGGGCAGGCCAAGGUCACUAAAGGUCGCUCCAAGACGGGUUGUAUUACCUGUCGUCGUCGGAAGAAGAAAUGCGAUGAGACAAAGCCUGCGUGUCUCAACUGUCAGAAGAAUGCGGUGGUCUGCGAAGGCUACCCGCCCAAGGAAAUUUGGAAAAGUGGGAGGCAGAAGCUGGCCGAUGCAGUUCGAGGCCACUCCCUUGCUGCUGUGCCGCGCAAUCUGCCCCUCCUCAUCGACGGCAUCGAAACCGACAUCGACCGACGCUUCCUCGAUCACUUUGUGUACGGCUUUAGCCGGGUCUUGACUCUCAUCAACGAUGACUCGAACCCGUUCAAAGAGAUCCUUCUCCCCAUGGCCACCCAACAUCGCGGGCUGAUGCAUUCGCUCAUGUGUUUGUCCGGGUCGCAUUUGUCGGGACUAGAUCCAGAGCCUCAGCUGAAGGAACGCAAAUACUUCCACUUCCACCGCGCGAUCCAGGACCUCAAGGACAACAUCAACGCCUCGUCGUCGCAGGGUGCAGAGCAGGAGCAACAGCUACUGGUGGAGGACCCGAUCAUCGCAUCGACCAUCGCGCUCAGCCUGAACACAAUCUGCGAGGGCGAGACCAACGGCGAAUACCGCCCGCAUAUGGAUGCCGCCCGGUAUCUGCUGGUGUCUCAGCAGCCCCGCAACGAAAAAUUCCGCCAGUUCAUUGUCGAAUUCUUCCAGUACCACGACGCAGGGAUGUUCCUGGGGGUGUUUGACGGCCUGUUCAACUAUAUCUCCGAGGUGACACAACUGCGCGACCGGAUCCGCCAGCGGUUCAACGAGGGCUACGAGCCUGCGGUGGAUUACCAGACCCUGAGCGAGGCCGUCUCGAUCGACACUGCCAUCCGCACCUGGGAAACCUCGCACGAGCCCGACACCCCCAACUGGUGCCUGGCUCAACUGUACCGACAGUCAACCUGGGCGUACUUAUACCGCACCAUCCGGCCGUCGCGGCCGAGCGACAAGAUCUCCCAGGUCGUCGACGAUGGCCUGGCGUACCUGGACCAGCUGCCGCAGGAUGCCGGCGCAUAUAGUAUUGUCCUCAUGCCGCUCUUCCUACUCGGAUGCUCGGCGUUUGUGCCCGAGCAGCGCGAGCGCAUCCAGAAGGGCUUCGACUCCCUCAAGGCCUAUUCCAACUUGCGCAACAUCGAACCCGCUUUCCAGGUGGUUGCGCGGGUCUGGGAGAUCAUGGAUACCAAGAUCGAGGACAGUUGGGAUUGGGAGAAGAUCAUCCGUGACAUGAACAUGGAUUUUCUCAUCACUUGA